AUCACCGGCCAGGACGGCUCGUACCUCACCGAGCUCCUCCUCGAGAAGGGCUACGAGGUGCACGGAAUCAUCCGCCGCUCGUCCUCGUUCAACACCGGCCGCAUCGAGCACCUCUACAAGGACGUCCACGAGCGCCCCAAGAUGGUCCUCCACUACGGCGACUUGACCGACACGACCAACCUCGUCUCGAUCAUCGCGACCGUCCAGCCGACCGAGAUCUACAACCUCGCCGCCCAGUCGCACGUCAAGGUCUCGUUCGACAUGGCCGAGUACACCGGCGACGUCGACGGCCUCGGCACCCUGCGCCUCCUCGACGCGAUCCGCACCUGCGGCCUCACCAACCACGUGCGCUUCUACCAGGCGUCGACCUCGGAGCUGUACGGCAAGGUCGUCGAGACGCCGCAGUCCGAGACGACGCCGUUCUACCCGCGCUCGCCGUACGGCGUCGCCAAGCUCUACGGCUUCUGGAUCGUCAAGAACUACCGCGAGUCGUAUGGCAUGCACGCGUCGAACGGCAUCCUGUUCAACCACGAGUCGCCCCGUCGCGGCCGCACGUUCGUCACGCGCAAGAUCUCGCGCGCCGUUGCCGAGAUCUCGCUCGGCCAGCAGGACACGCUCUACCUCGGCAACCUCGACGCCAAGCGCGACUGGGGCCACGCCCGCGACUACGUCGAGGGCAUGUGGCGCAUGCUGCAGCAGGACGAGGCCGACGACUACGUCCUCGCGACGGGCGAGACGCACCCGGUGCGCGAGUUUGUCGAGAAGGCGUUCGCCAUCGUCGGCACGACCAUCACGUGGGAGGGCGAGCGCGACACGGUCCACGAGGUCGGCAAGUGCUCGCAGACGGGCAAGGUCCUCGUUCGCGUCGACGAGCGCUACUUCCGCCCUGCCGAGGUCGAGCUCCUCCACGGCACCCCGGCCAAGGCCGAGCGCGUCCUCGGCUGGAAGCGCCAGGUCACGUUCGACGAGCUCGUGAAGGAGAUGGUCGACGCCGACAUCGAGGGCGCCAAGCGUGCCGACCACGACUAG